AUGUCAUGUGACCGCUCUCGGCCAAUGGGUCCUAGUCGGGCAUCUUUCCUCCUCCCUCGCACGUCACGUGACCGCCCUCGGCCAAUGAGGCUCUGGUCGGGUGUCUUUCCUCCUCCUUCAUGUAUCAGAGUAACUAACUGCCAAAUUAUUUUCCUUUCUUAUAUUGUCUUUACAUUCUUCUUCCGUCGCAUUCUUCUUUUUCUCUUCCUUCACCUAAUUUUAAAAUCUUUUACAUGGUUUUCCCGCUUCUCAUAUUUUUCUUUCCCUUCUUCUCACCGCCAUUCACUAUCCUCUACCGCCACCACCUUCUUGUUCUUGUCCUUGUUCUUCUUUCUCCUCCACCACCACUACCACUACCACCAACACCUUCUGCUUCUUCUUCUUCUUCUAACUUUUUCGUUCCUUCUUUUUCCAUUUCUUUUCUUCCUUGUUUUCCUCUUCUUUCUUCUUCGCUCCCCCGUCCUUCUUUUUUCUUUCCUUCUUUUUAUUCUUCCUUAUUUUUUCUUUUCUUUCUAA